AACACGAAGCAGUGGAGCCUUGGACACCUGGGAACCAUUCAGGACCUGCUGGAGCGGGAGUGCGGAGUGGUCAUCGAAGGCGUCAACACCCCCUACCUGUACUUCGGCAUGUGGAAGACCGCCUUCGCCUGGCACACGGAGGACAUGGACCUUUACAGCAUCAACUACCUGCACUUCGGGGAGCCCAAGACGUGGUACGCGGUGCCCCCGGAGCACGGCCGGCGCCUGGAACGCCUGGCCAGGGAGCUUUUCCCGGGCAGCUCGCGGGGCUGUGAGGCCUUCCUGCGGCACAAGGUGGCUCUCAUCUCGCCCACGGUCCUCAAGGACAACGGCAUCCCCUUCGGUCGGGUCACUCAGGAGGCUGGAGAGUUCAUAGUCACGUUUCCCUAUGGCUACCACUCUGGCUUCAACCAUGGCUUCAACUGCGCGGAAGCCAUCAAUUUCGCCUCCCCGCGCUGGAUCGAUUACGGCAAAGUGGCCUCGCAGUGCAGCUGCGGGGAGGCCCGGGUCGCCUUCUCCAUGGACGCCUUCGUGCGCAUCCUGCAACCGGAGCGCUACGAGCUGUGGAAACGCGGGCAGGACCGGACCGUGGUGGACCACACGCAGCCCACGGCGCCGGGCAGCCAGGGCCUGAACGCCUGGAGGGAGAUCCGCUCGGCCGGGGGAGCCGCUGUCGUCCCGAGGCACCACCAGCCCCACUGCGCUCUGUGCCCCCGUGGGCCUGUAGACGUGGGCGAUGGGGCCAGCCCCCGAGGCCCUGAGCCUGCUGUGUCCCGGAGCACCUCGCCAGCCCGGGGUUCUUGCUCUGCCGCCCAGUUCGGGGCUGCAGCCACCCGCACCUCCGGGGAGCCCAGCCCGACCCAGCCGCCGACCUCAGGUCCAUCCGCCCCGGAUGGAAAC